CUGCUCCCGCGGCUCAAGAUCCGCGCGCCCGCCUUGACUCCGUGGCGGGGCCGCAGCGAUGCUGCUGAGGCGCCGCUGGCCACGCUGGCACCCGUGGCGGACCUCGCCGCCGUGCCGCACAUGCGCUCCAGCGCCCUGCGGAGGCUGGCCCAGGCGGCCGCGGCCGAGGGCGGCAAUCCCCUGGUCUGGCAGGCGAUCACCGAGCGCUGCCAGGAUCAGGCGGAGCAGCUGCACUACUGGGACAUCGUCCUGAUCCUUCAGGCGUUCACGGAGGCGAGGUUGGAGAACAGGAGCUUGCUGAUGCGCCUGGCAGAGGCUCUGGGCGCCAAGUCUUCGAAGCUGGCCCCCAAGCACGUGCUCGACGUGCUCGCGGUCUACGAGGCGCACGGCAUCCGGCCGAGGUCGCUCUACGUGGAGCUCUUCCACGCCCUGGUCCGGCUGUCCAGGUCCAUGUAUCCGGAGGAGAUCUCAAUCACCCUGCAGUGCCUCGCGCGCCACGGCUUAGGCAACCCCACUGUGCUGGCCCACAUGAUCCGCGCGGCGCUGACGCAGCUCAGGGACUUCCGCAUGCGGUACCUCUGCGGCGCCGCUGGGGCGCUGGGCUCGCUCAAGGCGUGCCCGGCGCCGCUGCUCGAGCGGCUGGACGCCCAGGCGAGGUUCGCGGCGGAGACCGUGCCACUGCAGGAGCUGCUGGCGGACCUGCAGGCCUUCCCCCGGCAGGAGUUCUCCUGGAGGCCCUACGAGGAGCUGGUCCAGGAGGAGUUGCUGUCCCGCUGCCGCGGGCUGGAGAGCGCCGAGGACGUCGACCAGUUCGCCGACCCGUUCGAGGCGAUGCGCUUCCUGCAGUCUCAGGGGCACCUCCAGGACGGGUUCCUGGAGGCCCUCUGCCAGUGGUGCCUGCGGGGCGUGCACAGGCCUAACGUGAGGUCGGAGCGCCGCCCCACCGCCGAGCAGCUGGUGGAGCUGCACGCGGAGUGCCGGGAGCGCGGCCUUGAGGGCAGCGCGGCGCUGCAGGACGCCAUCCGCUACUACGUGGAGUCCGGGGGGGGGCGCUGGCCGAGCCAAGCGCCAAAGCCCCUGAAGUACAAGAAGCGCCGCAGCUACAUCGCCACGCCAGACCCGCUAGAGGGCCUCGUCGAGAUGCCCGCCCACUCGGCGCCGUCGGCCGCCGGGCCCGCCUUCGCGGCGCAGCCAGUGGCUGAUCUGCCCGGGCUGCCUGCGAGCCAGCCGCCGCCCGAGGAUCUGCUGCUGACCACGGCGCCCGUCGCGACGGGCGCGCGGAGGAAGCCCUCAGCCCGUGCCGCCGGGCUCACGCCGGAGCAGUCCACGGUGCGCUGCUGGGUCACGUCCAGGAAGGGGCCGCGGCGCGAGGGCGAGGAGGGCUGGCGACACCGCAAGGAUCCGGGCAUGAAGAAGAUGUUGCGGAAAGACAUGCCUCGGGCGCCGCUGUGGUACCAGGGAGGCUGGCACAUGCGCCCGAAGUAUCAACAGGGCGUCGCGACCAAGAACUACCCCUGGGCGGGCGUCCCCGUCGGCAAGAGCGGCACGGCCUACGUCAUGCGCAAGUGA